AUGGUCGCAUCAUCCUGGCCCGGGUCUAUGAUCCGAGGCGCAUCACUAAGGAUUCUCGUCAACGUUGUUAAGGGACCAAAAUGUUAUGAAGACGUAUGUACAGUUGGAGGUGUGACAUAUAAAGAGUGUAGGGAUGCAUGUUAUGCAAGAGGAUUACUUGACGAUGACACAGAAUGGCAUGAUGCCAUUGACGAGCCUUCCCACUGGGCUACAGGACGCAGAUUAAGAAGGCUGUUUGUCACUAUCUUAGUUUACUGUGAAGUCGGCAGUCCACUAAAUCUCUGGAACCACGCAUGGAAGUCAUUAUCAGAGGACAUCCUUUACAUGAAACAAAAGGAAUUCAGAUUCCCUGGAUUGGUUCUUCAGGAUUCAGAGUUGCAGCAGUAUACCUUAAUAGAGAUCGAGAAACUUCUUAAAGAGCAUGAUAAAUCCCUUACUGAUUACCCCAGCUUGCCAUUACCAGACAAUGCCAUUCUCACAGACAUCGCCAAUUCGGUUUUAAGACAAGAGUUGAAUUAUGACACUGAGAAAGAGGCAAAGUUGCAUGCUGAGUUGUUUGCUGGGAUGAAUGGCGACCAGAAUAAGAUUUAUUCCUCUGUCUUAACUUCUGUAGAAAAUGGAGACGGCCAGCUGUUCUUCGUUUGUGGGGCUGGAGGAACCGGGAAAACAUACCUCUACAAUACUAUCAUUGCAAAACUGAGGUCUGUUGGAAAAGUAGUAGUUCCUGUGGCAUCAUCUGGUAUAGCUGCACUGUUGCUGCCAGGCGGAAGUACAGCACACUCAAGGUUUAAAUUACCACUAAAUUUAACCGAGCAGACAAUGUGUGAAAUUCACAGUGGAACAAGGCUAGCUUCCUUAAUGGAGAUGUCAGAUUUAAUAAUAUGGGAUGAGGCACCGAUGGCACACCGUCAUUGUUUUGAAACACUGGACCGCACUCUCAGGGACUUACUGUCUGUACAGAAUCCGGCAGCAGCAGAAAAACCCUUUGGUGGGAAGACUGUUCUACUUGGUGGUGAUUUUAGACAAAUAUUACCAGUUAUUCCUCAGGGAACACGCCAAGAUACUGUCCUAGCAUCAAUCAGUAAGUCAUACCUGUGGGCCUACGCUAAAGUCUACACACUCAGUAUCAAUAUGCGUCUAAGAGCGGCGGACAAGGAAUUUGCAAACUGGAUUCUCAAUGUCGGAAAUGGGACAGCAGUGACUGUACCACCAGCUGAAGGAAUUGAUGAGGAGGGCCACCAGAUUGUUGUCGACAAGCAGUUCAUGAUCAACAAUUACGACGACCCACUUGAUGCCAUAUCUGAAGCUGCUUACCCAAACUUUCUGGAAAGCUACAGCAACAGAGAGUACUUAACUGAGAGGGCAAUCUUAACGCCCACAAAUGAGACAGCACAUAAGCUCAACAAACACGUACUCUCUAAAAUUCCGUCUGAAGUUGAGGAAUACUUGAGCUCAGAUACUGUUGCCAUUGAGUCCACACCUGUUGGAGACUGGACAAAACACUACACUCAAGAAUAUCUGAACUCAUUAGAAUUUCCAGGCUUACCUAACCACAAGCUAGGUCUUAAAGUCGGCGCUCCAGUGAUGAUGUUACGCAAUCUCAACCAGAAAUAUGGUCUUUGCAAUGGGACUAGAAUGGUGGUCAAACGCCUAGGACAUAGAGUGAUUGAUGCAGUCAUACUGACAGGCACCAAUGUAGGGGCGGAGGUAUUGAUCCCAAGGAUUCAAUUGUCACCAAAUGACACCACAAAUCCAUUCACAUUUCGGAGACGACAAUUCCCCGUCAGACUAUGCUAUGCAAUGACAAUAAACAAGAGCCAAGGGCAAAGUCUCAAACAAGUAGCCCUCUAUCUCCCUAAAUCAGUUUUCAGCCAUGGUCAGCUGUACGUUGCGCUUUCCCGAGUCACAACACCCGGAGGUCUCAAAAUCCUAGACGCAUCGUCUGACAAAAGUCCCACAGAGAGUGUCACUAACAUUGUGUACAGAGAGAUAUUCGCAGCACUUGCAACAAGUGUGUCAAAUGCAAACCAGAAUACAACUCCUCACAUUGACGGUAUUAACAACCAGAUUCAAAAAAUUUUGCAGGUAGCAAUGACGAUGUGGUUGGAGGAUAGGUACAACAGGGAAACCGUGGUGAUCCCAAACGACCAAUUAAACAGCUACCCAGUGAAUGCAAAUGCUUCCUCAGAGUCCUAA